CUUUAUAGUUUCUGUGGUUGUUUAUGUUUUGUGAAGUAUUAAAUUUUUUUUCUAAGAUUUCCUAAUCAAAGUAUUCGAUUCAAAACUAUAUUGUGACUAUAUUACACAUUUGUAGUUGACGCUGAAAGAAUAAGAGAGAACUUUAGUUGCAUAUCACUGCAGAAGAUGGCCUUAGUUAUAAUACGUUGUGAGAGUUAGCUUUUCUUAAUUAAAAUAUUACCAAAGUAAAGGAAAAUUGAAAAUGUCUAACGUAGACAUAUGGAAUUUAAAUGCAAUCUGUCGCUGUUGUCACACGGAUGGCAAUUUCAAAAGUCUUGCAGAGCCCUAUCAGUAUAAAGAUGAAACUGAAGUGUAUUCUACAAUGCUAUGGGACACUUUCAAUGUUGAGAUAAGCAAACCAUUGCUAGAAUCAAGUUAUAGUGUCUGUGAAGACUGCAUUGUACGGAUUCGUGAUGCUCACCAGUUUAAAAAACAAAUCAUUUUAUGUGAAAGAAAGUUUGAAGAAUAUUGUAAAAAUGAGAUGGGUAUAAAUGUCAAAUUUGAAAUUGAUGAGGGAGAUAUUGAUAAUAAUUUUGAUGAUAAUUUAAUGUCAUAUCAAAUGGGUUCCACUGGUUGUACAACAGUGAAAGUUGAAAUUGACAGUGUAGUAAGUAAUAAGGGUUAUGAUCAAUACUUAUCGUUAGGGAAACAAAGGGUUUUAAAUUCAGAUGACCAAAGAAAAGUAAACAUUACAAUUGAAGAUAUUAAUAUAAAACAUGAUAAUUCAGACAACAAGAUAGAGUAUGAUGAUUUCGAUGCACAAGGCUUCGAUAUGAAUAUUUGUAGUAGUAAUAUAAAAUAUGAAGGUGGGAAGUGUGAGAUUGAAUUGACUGAAUUGAAAACUGAGAAAUCAACAAAUAAAAAUAUGAACGCCAACGUGAAGAAAAUCGUAAAGCGAAAGAGUAAGACAAAAGGGCCCGCUAGAAAAAGAAACGACAAUUUUUCUCUAGAGGUCUUAGUGAAGACUGAUAAAGGCAUAAAUUACUCAUGCAAAGUAUGUGGAAGCAGUUACGACGACAGAAAGCUGUUAAGACAACACAUUAAAUCGGAUCAUCCAACAGGCUCUUACGAAUGUGACAUAUGUCAGAAGAAGUUUAAUAGCCAUGGCAACGUCACUGCUCACAGACAAACACAUGACAGGCGUUUGAAAUGUAAAUAUUGCCCGCGCAAAUUUUCAUUUACAAGCCUCCUAAAUGAACACAUGAACGUUCACACUAAAUCUAAGAUAUUCAAAUGCGAUUUGUGUUCCAAAGAGUUUUUAUUUAAAGCAUCGAUAAAGAAUCAUCUUAAAUUGCAUUAUGGUACUAGGAGGAAAUGUAUCUGUUAUAUAUGUGGGCACUCGUUUAACGAUUCCACCAACAUGGGAAUACACAUACGUACCGUGCACGAGAAACAGAAGCCGUUCACUUGUGACAUCUGUCAGAGCAGUUUUAGUGCGAAAAAGCAAUUGCUCGUGCACAUUUUGAAACACAUGAACCUUAGACCCUUCAAAUGUGACAGCUGUGAAAAGAGCUUUUUUACAGGCUCCGAGAGGAACAACCAUAGAUGCAGCGCAAACGGUUCGCAGUACACUUGCAAGGUUUGCUUUAAAGCAUUCGGAUGUAGACGGAAUUUUACAAAGCACGUAAGGCGUUUACAUUCUGGGGAGCGUCCAUACAAGUGCGAGAUUUGCACUAAAGAUUUCACAUGUAAAUAUUCAAGGGAUCGGCAUACAGCAUCGCACAGUGGUAUCAAACCCUUCAGUUGUACACAUUGUAACAUGGAGUUCUCUCAGAAAAAUUCCUUAGAACGCCAUAUAGUGAGGAUGCACGGUAUUAUAAAGAAUAGUUUGAAACAGAUACAAUGUACCAUAUGCAAAAGAGUAGUUACAGAUUUAAACCAACAUAAUUUAAGAUGUCAUUAUGGUAAUAAAGUCGUAUGUGAGAUCUGCAAUAAGAGUUAUGCACAUAAGAAAGCUUUGCAUCGCCAUAAUAGAGCGAUGCAUUUAGAACUUAAUUAUAAUUGCAAUUUAUGUAAAAAAAAAUAUGGCACCAAAAAUAAGUUGGCAAAACAUCAGUUGAAAAUUCAUAACGUCAUUUUAACAGUCGAAGAGAACGCUGUUAUUUAAUCGUAUCUGAUAAUAUUUAAUUUGGAAUUAAAAGUUUUGUUGAUGUUCGUGGAGUUCAGGGGUCGGCAACCUUUUGUGACGGACUGCAAUACGAAAUAGAAGAUUUUUAAAAUACUACUCUAAUGUUAGAAACUUAUUAAACGAUAAUCGGUUGGU